AUGUGGUAUCAACAUAUCUCUCAUCUCAAGCGUCUUCUUGAAGAUAAUUUCCCUAAAACUCCUACCGCACGCUCAGCAAUGUUUCAUGACAAAUCGUUCGAGUCUAUUUCUUCUCGAAACGAUGCUGUUACCUUUAUAUCUCUUCCUCCUCGGGCGGCUGCCUCUCUUAGAUCCACCAGCGUUGAUAUUCAAACACUCAAUUCUAUCGGCCCAACUACCAACCCUCGCGAACUAGAGAUCGAUUACCUAGUCCACACUUCGUUCUUAUACGGGGAGCUUGUUCGAAGGGACCUUGUCUCGUUUACGAAGCUCGUGCAGAGAAUUAUUGCCAGGGGUGAUAGCUUACAUAGAGCGGAUGGACCGUCUCAUCUUGCAGUAAUACUGCGGGCUAUCCCAUUGACGUCAUCCCGAGGCACCUGCGACGCCCGUUCGACUGUGCUCUAUGGUGUCACUGGCCAUGAAGAUGAUGAAACUAUAUUGAAGCUUCAGCAGGAAUGGGUCCGUGUAUUGGCAGAGUUCAACCCAGAAUCAGCUGCGUUGGAUAGACCGGGCGUUGCUUCCCCUCCGACGGAUGUUAGCAUCUUCGAUCAGUGGGAAUUGGUUCAUACGUGGCUUCUCCCUCCAAUAUUUGAGCACGUUCAAAAUACACCCUCGGGUCGGGAUCUUUUUCAAGUCGACACAUUUUGCUCGCUCAGCGUCAAUCGCGGCGUCUCCCCGCUCUUUCCGAGGUUCGAUAAUCCGUGCUCAGCAAAGUCGAUGGUCACCGACUCUUCAUACGUUCCCUCCUAG